UUUUUUUUUUUUUUUCUUUUUUUCCAAUUUUCCCAAAGGCAGGAUGAGCCACACCUCGUCAUCCUCAUCGCCGCCCUCGUUGUCGUCGGAGCCGCCGAGCGGGCAGCCGGACUCUGUUGCCGUGUCCAUCGACCUUCCUCCCACGGACGCUGCGUCGUCGGAGGCUCAGGCGCACGAACGACCGGCCGUCCCAGCGCUGGUGAUCGAACCCGCUUCGCCGCCGGAUUCGACGCGCAGCUCCGUUGCGAGCAGCAACCAGGCCACGUCGCCCGGAUCGCGACAGGUCAAGUUUGCAGCGCUGGCCACAGUGGUCUCUGAGCACCCGGACGAGCACGACGACGACGACGACGACGCCGACGACGACGGCCGAGCCGACGAGAACAAGCGACGCGAGUCGGCGUCGACCGAUGCGCAGAGCCGCAGACUCCCUGCGCUGACGCACGAGCCCAUCAAGGGCAGCGUGGACAAUCUGCACCAGGUCGGACUGGGCGACAGCAGUCCCAUCUCGCCGGCUUCGUUCGACCCGCCGUCGACCCGAACGCUGCUUUCGGCGUACUCUGACGCCAAGUCGAGCGGCCUCCACAUUGCGGGAGCUGUUGAUACCGAGUCCAAGAUCGAGGCAGAGCGGCUCGCAUCGCUUCGAGCGUCCUCGGCUGCGCUCCAGAAGACCAUCGAGCCAUUUACAAUCACCAUGGAAGACUUGUCCUAUUCGAUUGAAAUUGUCAAGAAUGACAAGCUGCGUGAUCGUCUUGCAGGCCGCAAGAAGGAAGUCACCCGCAAAAUGCUGCUCAAAGAGGUCACGGGCGCACUCCAUACCGGUACAAUGACUGCACUGAUGGGCCCAAGCGGUGCAGGAAAAUCAACCUUGUUGGAUGUCAUCGCAGGCCGCAAGAGCUCUGGCUACAUUGACGGCACCAUGCUGUUCAAUGGCCAGCCACGGAGCCACGACUUUAAGCGUUUGUGCGGCUAUGUCGAACAGUCUGACAUUCUUCUCGGCACGUUGACAGUGCGCGAGCUGCUCUACUUUACUGCAAAGUUGCGUCUGCCUGCCUCGACCGGCGACGCAGUGUGCAUGAAGCGCGUUGAGGAGGUUAUCGCCGAAUUGGGUCUCACCAGUUGCGCCGACGUGCUGAUCGGCGACGAGCGCCAUCGCGGUAUUUCGGGUGGUCAAGCCAAGCGCGUGAACAUUGGCAUUGAGCUCCUGACGUGUCCUAGCAUAUUGUUCCUGGACGAACCAACCAGUGGUCUCGACUCCACGACUGCGUUCGACAUUAUGCGCUUUGUUCGCAAGAUUCGCGACAGAGGUACCACUGUUGUUUGCACCAUCCAUCAGCCAAGCACAGACAUCUACCGUCUGUUUGAUCGUCUCAUGCUCCUUGUUGCUGGCGAGGUCGUGUACCUGGGCCCUGCUGCGAACGCCGUGGACUACUUUGUACAGCUGGGUUACAAGCACUCUCCUUCCGUGAAUCCUGCCGAGUUUAUCGUGUCUGUGACAAGCGAUCACCACGGAAAAGCCGGUGCGAUCGAGGGCCCGAUUGUGGAGCAGUCCUUCUUUGCGCAGCAGUAUCGCAGGUCGGCGCUGGCGGAGAUGCGCAAGGUUUCCACGCGACAAGCCGCUCGUCACGGCUCCGAAGGCGAGCAUCAGCUGCGCGAAGAGCAAGACUUGUUUGUCAACAACGCUCUGUUCAACUUCCGCGUUCUGCUGCAACGCAACUUUAAGAAGGCAUCUGGCGAUCCCGCCUUCUUCCGCUCGCGUGUUAUCAUGCCCUCCAUCAUUGCCAUUCUCUUCCUGCUCGUCUAUCGCGACUCUCCCCACAACCAGUCCGGCAUCCGCAACAGGCAGGCGCUGAUCUCCUUGACCGUCACCAUGUUUUCGAUCGGCGCCAACCAGCUCCUUGGCGGACUGAUUGAGGAUCGCAAGUUCUUUACGCGCGAGCGUGCAGCGGCGACCUAUCAGGUCUCUUCGUACUUUUUGGCGAACAUGUUUAUUGAACUCCCGUACAUGAUCCUCAAGGGCCUCUUCUGGUCGAUCAUCAUCUACUGGGGAUGCAACUUUGCACGGACGGCAGACCAGUUCUUCUUUUUCACGUUUGUGGCCAUCCUGUUGGCUGAUUUUGGAUGCGGCCUUGCUCAGCUCUUUGCCGCUGCCUUGCCAACGCUCGAACAAGCGGCGGCCGCCAUGACAACAUUCCCUUUGCUGUUUGUUUUGUGUAGUGGUUUCUUCAUCUUCCCGCAGAACAUGCCGGACUUUUGGCACUACACGGUGUAUUACAUUUCGUAUUGUAACUACGCUCUGGCUGCCCUGUUGAUCAACGAGUUUCAUAACGCCGAUCAAUACGUCGGCUCUGGUGGGUAUUGUCUGUUCAACACGACGUACAGUGCGGCGCAGCAGUGCCCAAUUGCUCUGGCCGGAUGCGAAACAACUUCCAGCUUCCCGCUCUCGUCGGAUCAAAUUCUCAAGUCUGUCGGUGUUCAAGAUGGCUUCUUCCACGACCGCUUUGCCAAUCUUAUGAUGGUCAUUCUGAUCUGGAUUGCGCUCCGAUUCCUUGGCUACCUGGCCCUGCGCUUCAUUCGCCAUGGCAAGCGCUGAUGCCACUGUUGCAUUAGAGUUGAGCCGGCUGGGUCUUGUUUAUUUGCAAGCUGUUUAAGGUUUUGGUAUUGGAUUCGCGUGGUUGCUCGAGGUUUCUUCGACUGUGUCCCUGUUCGACAUUUCGUUUGUUCCUGUUUGCUUUUGUUGGCUCUGAGACCGCAUGAUUAAAGCCGUUUGUGCACA